GGCUGCCGGGCCGCUGGGAGCGGGACGCGCAUCCGGUUGCCGCGGGCGUUGACGGAGCCGCUUUCCCCUUCGCGCCUCGCCUCGCCUCGGGACGCGCUCCCCCGGACUCGCUGGAUAUUUCAAGCCACAUUCAACUGAUAGGAUGAAAAAAUUUAAGAGAAGAUUAUCCCUCACACUUCGAGGAAGCCAGACUAUUGAUGAAUCAUUGUCUGAAUUGGCUGAACAAAUGACUAUCGAAGAAAACAGUAGCAAGGAUAAUGAGCCUAUUGUGAAGAAUGGCAGACCUCCAACGUCUCACAGUAUGCAUUCCUUCCUUCACCAGUACACAGGGUCUUUUAAGAAGCCCCCAUUGCGAAGACCCCACAGUGUUAUUGGAGGAAGCCUUGGUUCGUUCAUGGCAAUGCCUAGAAAUGGAAGCAGAUUAGAUAUUGUUCAUGAAAAUCUCAAAAUGGGAUCAGAUGGUGAGAGUGACCAAGCUUCUGGGACAUCAUCUGAUGAAGUCCAGUCGCCUACCGGUGUUUGUCUCAGAAAUCGUAUACAUAGACGGAUCUCAAUGGAGGAUUUAAAUAAGCGGUUAUCCCUGCCUGCAGAUAUCAGAAUUCCUGAUGGAUAUCUUGAAAAGUUGCAGAUCAACAGUCCACCAUUUGAUCAACCAAUGAGCCGAAGGUCUCGUAGAGCUUCUUUAUCAGAAAUUGGAUUUGGGAAAAUGGAAACCUACAUCAAAUUGGAAAAGCUUGGAGAGGGAACAUAUGCAACAGUGUAUAAAGGAAGAAGUAAAUUGACAGAAAAUUUGGUGGCAUUAAAAGAGAUUCGAUUGGAGCAUGAAGAAGGUGCGCCCUGUACAGCUAUAAGAGAAGUUUCUCUGUUGAAGGAUUUAAAACAUGCAAAUAUAGUAACCUUACAUGACAUUGUUCAUACAGAUAAAUCUUUGACUCUGGUCUUUGAGUAUCUGGAUAAAGACUUGAAGCAGUACAUGGAUGACUGCGGGAACAUCAUGAGCGCGCACAAUGUAAAGCUGUUUCUGUACCAAAUUCUACGUGGCUUGGCAUAUUGCCAUAGAAGAAAGGUAUUGCAUCGAGACUUGAAACCACAGAACCUCCUCAUCAAUGACAAAGGAGAGCUGAAGCUAGCCGACUUUGGACUAGCCAGAGCCAAAUCAGUUCCCACAAAGACCUAUUCAAAUGAAGUGGUCACACUGUGGUAUCGGCCACCUGACGUGCUUCUUGGUUCCUCAGAGUACUCAACACAGAUUGACAUGUGGGGAGUUGGUUGUAUUUUCUUUGAAAUGGCUUCUGGAAGACCCCUGUUUCCAGGAUCAACUGUAGAAGAUGAAUUGCACUUAAUUUUUCGACUACUAGGAACUCCAUCUCAGGAAACAUGGCCAAGUGUUUCUUCAAAUGAUGAAUUCAAGAAUUACAACUUUCCAAAAUAUAAGGCACAACCUCUAAUUAAUCAUGCACCCAGGUUAGACUCUGAAGGAAUUGAGUUGAUAACAAAAUUUCUUCAGUAUGAAUCUAAGAAAAGGGUUUCAGCAGAAGAAGCCAUGAAACAUGUAUACUUUCGCAGUCUGGGACCAAGAAUACAUGCUUUACCAGAAAGCGUCUCAAUAUUCAGUUUGAAAGAGAUUCAGUUGCAAAAGGACCCGGGUUUUCGAAAUUCUUCUUAUCCAGAGACAGGUGUGUUUGUCAUAAACCAUUUCACAUGUCAAUCAUGAAUUUUUGUGUGGACCCAAGCUUUUGGUUUAUAAGUUAAUCAGUAAAAUUAUUGAUGUAUAAACCAAUGUAUAGUACAUUCCAAAACUGUGUGUGUUUAGCAUUGCACGUACUCACUUUUCUGUAUGAUAUGGGCAGCUCAGUAAAUCUUCAGAGAGAAAUCUGACUCAGUCAAGUCAGAGAUCCUGAAAGCUGCAGAUGGCACAGAGACCUUUUACAAGUGACCUGGCUUGAUCACUGCACACGCCAUCCCUGGUGCCUGAGGCAGAAGACACACCUUGUGCUUCCUUAGUCAUCAGGUUCAUCGCUUCGAAGCAUAGAAGCUGUAGACUGACCCCAUCAACCAGAGGGUCAUUUAAGACAGUGUGAUCACUCUCACCGUGGAACAUUAGCUUUUGCUGGUGGGAACGUUAGCUUCCUAGAGUCGCCAGAUACUGUAUGUAGGAUAAAACUGAACCUUGAACUGCCUCAUAAAAUGACUUUAUAUUUUAGGACAUGUGAAGAACAGAAGACAGAGCAUGCUCUUUUAAGUCUGAUAACAUGGUUUCAAGCCCAGCCCCCAGCCUUUCUUACCAAUCAAGGACUCAAAUCUGAAGGCAAUUAUUUCUUUUGGUGGACUUGGAAUCUCCGUUUGUCUACACUGUCCUCUUCACAGUGGAGUCUUUUUAUUUCAGACUACAGAUUGUUUUUAUAUUUGUUGUCACAGUGUGACAAUUUUUUGUACAGUUGGUUUUAAGGUCUUCUCUGCCAGUAGAGCCAUUAGGUUACAGCUUUCGAUGUAACUGUAGCUGCAAUUUUUGUGCAGGACUGAGAAACACAGUGCAUUAUUUAUUGCGGAAUCAUUGCUGCUAAAUAACUACUGUCUGUUUAUUUAACAUAACAGUUGAAUGCCUAAAGAAGUUGCAGUGGCUUUAUUUGAUGUGAACGCAUCUGUUCUCCUCACAAUUUGUUUUACUGCUGCAUUUUUUGUUCGUUUGUUUUUAAAAUUAAACUGCAGUGUUUCCUGGAAUGUAUAUUUAGCUUUGCUUAACAGUAAAAUAAGUGAGCCAUCUUGAACACUCUAAGUUCAUGCUACAUAUAAUUUCUUAUUGAACAUUGGCAAAUAGAGUAGCUAAGCUACUGAUAAGCACAUGAUGCCUAGGAAAGCAUGUGAUGCAAAAGUUGAUUCAGGCAAGUGAAUAUCUGACACAUUGUGGGUUCUCACAUUAGACACCGAUAAAUUAAAACAUGAAAAUUAUUUAUUUUCUUUAUUCCUCCUUUUAGAAAUGUGUAUUAUAUAUUACUGGAUAUUUGUAUGCUAAUUCACUUAAUUAACUAUCUUACAUUGUGCUUUAAUUUAGUUAAAAUUUAACAAUUAAGUCCAUUCAGACAUGAAAGGUCUUCUUUGUUUUAAACACACAUGUAUUUUACUAGAAAAGAUGAUACUUCAUUGGGAAAUCGUUUAUUUCAUCUGGGGGCUUUGUGUGUUUCAAUAAAUUUCACUUGGAAUCAUCUGAAAGCUAUACUAUGAAAUGAGCCAUGAUAAAUUACAAAUGAGAGAAAUGAGAACUUAGAGCAUUGCUUUAAAGCUUUUGUAGGUAUUACCUGUUUUUCAGAGAUAUUAUUUCAGUUAAGCAUCUCCUUGAACAUCAUAAACACUUUGGUGUUGUUAACAGUGUUUUAAGCAUUUGUGUUCAUUUAAAAAUACUAUUGUUUAGUGCAUCUUACAAAUUAUAAAUAUUAAUUGGUAUAUUUUGAAAUGGUUGUGUAAAUUUUUGCCUUAUCAUGAAAGUAGUCAUAACUUAAUUUUGUUUCCUGCCAUUCACUGUAAAACAUUCAGGGGUCCUACCAUUUCUCUUCAGGAAAUCUUGUAGUUUUUAUUGUUAUUUAACAGUAUUAAGUGAGUUUUGUAUAUUUCAUUUUAACUUUAUUUGUGAAUAGUGAUUGUGGCAUGUUUCAGGGUGUUAUUUUAAUAUUUCAAGAUACUGAAAUUUUAAUUUUUUAAAAAAAUUCUGGAAGCAGAUUCAUGUGUAAUGGUGAAUAUUGGACCACUACUGCUUUUCACAUUUGUAAAUUGGUUUUAUGUUAAACCCUGAAUCCUAACAAACUGCUGUUAUUUCUAACUGACAGACAUGUAUUAAUAUUGUACCUUGAAGGUUAUAAAUAUUAUGUGAAAAUUC